GUGCUGCGUCGUUACUUUUGAAACGAUUGGCGGGGAACGGCUGCGGGGACCGCUGCGGUUGCUGUUUGCCGGCUGGAAGCGCGUGCCUUCGUCCGGGGACCUGGCUAUGGCGCUGCAGCUGUCCCGGGAGCAGGGCAUCACCCUGCGCGGGAGCGCCGAGAUCGUUGCCGAGUUCUUCUCGUUUGGCAUCAACAGCAUUUUAUAUCAGCGUGGCAUAUAUCCAUCUGAAACUUUUACUCGUGUGCAGAAAUACGGACUCACUUUGCUUGUAACUACUGAUCUUGAGCUCAAAAAAUACCUAAAUAAUGUGGUGGAACAGCUAAAAGAUUGGUUGUACAAGUGUUCGGUUCAGAAACUGGUUGUAGUUAUCUCAAAUAUUGAAAGUGGUGAGGUCCUUGAAAGAUGGCAGUUUGAUAUUGAGUGUGACAAGACUGCAAAAGACGAUAGUGCACCCAGAGAAAAGUCUCAGAAGGCUAUCCAGGAUGAAAUCCGUUCAGUGAUCAGACAGAUCACAGCUACAGUGACAUUUCUGCCACUAUUGGAAGUUUCUUGUUCAUUUGAUCUGCUGAUCUAUACAGACAAAGAUUUGGUUGUACCUGAAAAAUGGGAAGAGUCUGGACCCCAGUUCAUUACCAAUUCCGAGGAAGUCCGCCUUCGCUCAUUUACCACUACAAUCCACAAAGUAAAUAGCAUGGUGGCCUACAAAAUUCCUGUCAGUGACUGAGGAUGAGAUGAGGCAGAUCAU